AUGGAUGAGUCAUAUUUAGACGUGACGGCCGACUAUGUCGACGAUUGUAAAAUAACUCAAAAGAGUAACCAUUCGUUCACGCCGUAUUCAAGCUCAGCUCUAUCAUACAAUGAGRAAAUUAGAAUUAAUGUUCAARACAUGGAUUCUUACACUUUGCCGUGCGAGAGUUAUAUUUWCAUCGAGGGWAAAGUUAACAAACCRGCCGAUGCAGCGGGGGAAGUUCGUUUUUCAAAUAACGGAUUGGYAUUUUUAUUCUCCGAGAUGCGAUAUGAAAUAAACGGAAUAGAAAUACAAAAAUUGAAAUCACCCGGAGUGUCAUCAUAUUUGAAAGCAUACUGCUCGUACACUCCAAACGAUUUGAAUGCGUUAGAGAAUGCGGCUUGGGACUCGGAAAUGGAUAGUGAAGAUAACAAAAAUUGUAUGACCAAUAAUAUAUUUUCCGGGUGUAUUCCUCUAAAACAUGUUUUCGGAUUUUGUGAAGAUUACAAAAAGAUAUUACUCAAUUGCAAUCAAUUUUAA